CGUUACUCUAGAUCUUUAAUUAAUUAGUGAACAUGAACGAUCUCUAUGCCGAAAGUGAUGUUUGGGCGGACCUGGCCAACAUUCCGGCUGAUCCUCCCAAAAUGCGUGAGAUUUGCUGUAAUUGCAAACGGCCAGUGCCGGUUUGCUGGUGCUCAGCACUGCCCCCGAAACCACUCGUUCCCAAGAGUCGGGUGAUUUUGCUACAGCACCCGGCCGAAGAGAAGCGAGCUCUCCGUACGGCACCGAUGCUAUCGGUGGGGUUGGCGCUCGGAAAGUGUCUUAUUUAUAAAGGAAAAAAGUUCCCAAAAUUUGACUCGGAGCUGGAAGCUAUUCUCUCGGCCAAGAAUUCGGUCCUGCUCUACCCGAGCGUUAAUUCGAUUCCCAUCGAACAGUUGGACCUAUCCGAGGGACCCUACAACCUUAUUCUGCUCGAUGGAACGUGGCCCCAGGCGAAAGCCAUUUACACCAGUUCAUCUAUUCUGCACGGUAUGCGCCAGGUGAAGCUCAUCAGCUCCGGUAACAGUAGCUACAUCAUCCGAACCCAACCAACCGACGGUUGCCUUAGCACCCUGGAAACUGCUAUCGAAGCCCUGAGCAUUCUUGAGCAGGACAACUGCUAUCGGCAGCAGCUGCUCCAACCUCUUCAUGCUCUGUGUCAGUUCCAGCUGGAAAAGGGUGCCGUUACACAUCAGUCCAAGGAGUUUCUCAUAAAACACAAUCAAUAUCCGAAACUUAUUGGCAGGCGGUUGAAUAAAUUGCUUAGGAACGCUGACCAUCUCAAGGACCAUCGGGACGAAUCGGAAGAGAAGCAAUGAGCUCUGCGGUUGUGUUUUUAUCAGUUUUUAUUGAUAAUUACCUCUUUUAUAUAUGAGUAAUUCAUAUAACAUAAAAUAGAGAGAAUAAUUUUCCUUGUUUUUAUCGAUAUAUACAUUCAUGCUACGCUUUCUUUUUGCUGUAAAUAAAUCUAUUAUAGAAAAUAAACUGGCGGGUUUUGUUCUUCUUUGCUAUUCUCUCCAAUCAGCAACAGAUUUGAUGUUUUUGAUUUUUUGUUUUUCCUUUUUCAGCUUUUCUCCAGAAAUAAAAAGUAACUUAAGCAGUCUAUACAGACAAGUAAACAGGCAUCUAACAUGUGUUCGCUCCUAUUGGGUUAUAGAUUUAGAUAAAUAGUCUAACUCAUUCUACGUUGUCAGUUAAAGAGUGUUUAGUCAAACAUAAACACAGACCGAUCGAAACCAAACUGAAAGUGCUGUGAACAAAUGAAGCUUAUUCUACCAUUUUAGCUGCUUGUGUUGUUGUAGUUUACCAUUAUUUUUUUCUUCUAUGUAUAUAUGCUUAAAAAGUUACAAGUUUUCUACGGGAGUACGUUCAUUCAAAAAUGUAGGUUUCGUUAUUUGUUUUCUGCAUUUUUUUUUCUUUAGGUAGGCUUACGGAAGCCUUCUUUUUUCAAGCCGAAGGUGUAAGUUCAUCUAAUUUCUUGCAUAUAGUUCUUUGUUUUAAAUCUUUGUUGAGUAUAUGAGAUGUUUUGGUUGUUAUUUUCUGUCCCAAUAAAAGUUUGCCUCACAUUAAAUAUCGAUCUUCUGUUCUAACCGAUCCGAUCGCUUCUUAAAUUUUAUCUGGCAUCGACAUAUUCCUAUCCUACGUUAAACUGGCUCAUGUCGUGAAAAAAAAUGCAAUAGAAAAAUAAUAUACACUUCUCAGCUCAAUGCAAAUCGGUGCGGUCCAUUCGAUGGUACAUUUGGAACUGGUUAUCGACUAAUUUAUGAUACUGGAUUCUGAAAAAUGCUUUGAAAUAACCAAGGUUAGCUAUCAACAGAACUUAUAAAGCUACGAAUACUGAUUUCUGAAAAGAUCUUCAAAAACGGACGCUUAAAUUAAAAAAAAUCCACGAUGUCCUUAAGAAAUGUUAUGAACCUGUGAGAUUUGAAUUCCAAAGAACGUUUCAUACAUCUCUUACUCUCGGAUAAAUCAGAAAUAACGAUUCUCUAGCUAGUUUGCGCAAACCGAUAGCAAACUGUUCAAGUCGUUCCGCUUUCGCUCUCUCGUCUGGGUUUUAACAAUGUUUGGGACCCAAAGUUUUAUACCCCGUUCACACAUGAUUAAAUGAUAGGUCACACACCAUGUUUCGCCGGAACUAAUGUCAUUUAGAGUAUCUUUUUAUCAAGUCCAGUCUUGAGAAAAUAUCAAAAAAUCAAAUCUCACCAAUACCCAAGAUCACGCUUGAUUUUCGUAGACAAUAAUCAUCAAGCAUGUAACUGCGGAUGAUAUUACAUCCGAACGCGACCUGAAACCACUGUCACUGCGCUGGCAGCAGUAUCUUCGUCCGAUGCCAGGUGAAGAGUAAAGAGUGAUAGCAAAUUAUACUAUCUGUUUCUAAGAAAAAAAAAUGUGCAACGGAAUCAUUUUUGUGCCGAAGCGCAACUCUCAGCUUCAGUUUUACAUGUUGUGAAUAGCCUAUCAAUAUUGAAGAAGCUUGAAAAAUCAAUAACAAACAUGAUAUUUUGUUCCAAUAUCACGCGUGAUAUUGAGAACGUACGAGAGCGAAAAAAACAUAUCAGUUGGAGUAUAUAUAAGAUUAGCAACUAACAGGUGUAUCACCAUGUAAAGUUGUUUAUUAUUUUCCUCGAAUACUAACGUCUAGCUUACCUCAAAAUGCAUAUAAUUCCAUCUGCCAAAAUGAGUUUGACAGUGAUUUGUUAUGUAUUACUCGCGGGUUAUCACUACAUCAGUGCAUCAACACAAUCGGAUAUGAUUAUCUCAAUUACGUAAUAUAGGCAGAAGUGUGAACGGAGUAUUAGAAAGUUAUGAAAGCUUUGGCGAAAGUUUCAAUUAAGAUGGCUUCUUCUUCUUCUUCUUCUUCUUCUUCUUCUUCGCAUUUCAAGCUUAUCACUUAUUGCGUGCUCUCAACUUAGUGUUCUAGAUGCACUUCCACAGUUAUUAAUUGAGUGUUUUCGAUGCCUGUACCAUUUUUGCAUUAGUAUAAUUGCAAGUACAAUCAUACACUAUGCCCAGGGAAGCCGAACCGGGAAUCAAACCUAGUCCUAGGUAUUGCAUUGUAGCUGCACCUUUACCGACUGAGCUAAGGGAUGCUACAGAGUAAGGUGGGCAUUUUGAGGUCUACGCCGCCUGUGCAAAAUGAAACUCAUUGUUUUGGUACUUGUCUGGAAGGACUUUUAGAACCUGACUUUCCCCAAAAAAUCACAAAAAUUGGGGAUGUUUUCGAAGAAUUAUAGGCAAAAAUGUGUUUCUGGAUGAUAAAUUAUAGCAGUUGCACCAAAUUUGGGCGCGUACAACAAGAAAAAUUAAAUAGUGAAAGAGUAAUUUCAUUUCAGGGCAUAAUAGCGUUUUUUUUUGAAGAUUAGUUUAGGAGCAUAGAACUUUUGGUAAGUCAUCAGUAAUUGCCUAUAGUGGGAAAACAGUUCGAGUCGUGUCCCAAAACCAUGUAAUCAUUCACAAAUGUAUAAAACGCAAAAGCCUCAAUAAAAUUUGCAACCUAAUUGUAUUUAAUUGUUGAAACCACUAUUUUCAAGUAAAUUUCGAUUCCAUUAUGUCCUUCACACCAUUAUGGGACAUUUAAAGAUUUGUAUUGGCAAAACUUCUCAAAAACUGCCAUUAAGUUUGUGAACUUUUGUCCCAUUAGUGAAUCGAAUUUAUGCCCCACCGUGGGGCAAAAGUUCGUUUUGCACACUACUACGAAAAAAAUCGUUAUAACUACGAAUGAACUGAAAAUUCAUCAAAGAUUUGUAAAAAUAAGUUGUGAACCUUGGAUCAUGUGUAUGGAAUUAACUUGAUUAGAAAUGCUUGGAGUUUAACGAUACUUUAAUUUUUCAACUGAGGUCGAACUUUUGCCCUACAUCGACUACAAGAAGGAAAAUGAGAUAUGACUCCGUACGGCAUUCAUUUCUCUUUAAGAUACUAGAGAUGCACAACAUUGAUCCUUUGGUUGUUGGGUUCCUGAAAUGUGCAAUGGGUUCAUCAAUCACAAAGCUCCAGAUCAGCGAUGGGAAAACCGUGUUACGCUCGAUACCGCUUCGAUUCAUUCAGCCCACUCUGAUGGUUCUGUCUGUCAUUGAAUCCCGUCGGUAGGACACUUUCAAUGUAAGGGCCAGGGUUUCAAGGUAAGGUAAGGGAACGCAGAACAUGAAGGAGUUACCCGUACUUUCUACGUCGACGAUCUCAAGGUCUAUUAACACAGUGUGGAAUGACUAAGUAGGCACACUGAGUCUACUGAGCAGUUUGUGCUGCUGACAGAGACUACAGCGUGAUGCACCUCGCAUAAGAGAACUACAGCCAAAACUGCAGUCUAAUCACAGUGGAGGAAAGCAUUGUAACAUGGAACCAGAAGGCAGAGCACGGAGCCCACCCCCAUCAACUCGAACAACUGAACAUUGAUAUCAUUUCAUCCACCACAACUGCCCACAACUCUCCAAAAUCAGCCGAUUUUAUAUAUUUUAUAAUUUGUAAAUCAUCAUAUUCAUUGCUCCAUCCAGAAUUCGUGUUUUUUAUAAUCAUUUUCACGUAGACUACAUCUUACGAAAAGAUACAAGGUUCUUUGUAAAUUAUAGAUGAAAUUAAAAUCCAUAUACACCAAUCGAUAGGAAAUAACUCUACAAACCUAAUGAAAUACAUAUAUGCUAUCUAGCUAAUGCCACGGAUACACUUGUUCAACAAAUUAUGACUAUGACCAUUCCACACAUUUCUCGGUACGCUAAAAAAAGUCCACAUGUCUGACCAAAGUGUUUAAGCAUUUCAUUUUUUCAUUUUAUGUACAUUCACAUUUAUUUAAAGUGUAUUUCACCUUGGUUUAAUGUGUUAUACACGUUGAUUUCGAACGAUUCGGAGGUCCGAAAAUUAAUGGAUAUUUUUCAGAUGAAAAAAGUAAAGAAAAAAUAAGAUUUCGCGCCACUUUAAAUCAUGUCCAAUUGAACCCAAAUUAUGUAUAGGGUUUUUUUUUUCGAGGCAAUGAACAUUUCUAAAUAGAGCUGGAAUUAGGGCGUAACUGCUUUGGGCUACAUGAGGGACAGAUUGAUGACUUCACCUCCAUUACUUGAUGUUGAUCCUUUGAAUGUAAUGCAACCCUUACACACUGCAACCUGGUUGUAAACUUGGUUCUUCGACUGGUUGUCGAAUCUCCUUUCAAUCAAUUCGCUAACCGAGCAAAAAUUUGGCAAUUCCAUCACACACAAUCCAAUCUGCUUUUCGAUCUGUACGUACGUUGGCCAACCAAUUUAAAAUAAACGCGAUGUUUGUGCGACUUCUCCCUUACACACUGCAACAAGGUUGGUAGACUUAGACUCCGCCCUCAAUAAAUCAAAACGUUUUGAUUUUACUUCAACCGAUUGACCAACUGCCAAUUUUGUCAUGCAACCCUCCAACACGAUACAAUCGAGCAUCAACCUAACCUGAUUGUCAACCAGAUUUCAGUAUGUAUGGCGCCCAUAGCGUCGAUUGGUAUAGAGUUGGAGCAUCUUUUUCUUUUGAUGAAGCUCCAAAAGCAGCAGGGUCGGUGGUCUUCAGAUCGUCCUGUAUGUUUGCUAGGUUCUCACAGUAACGCAAAUUCACGUUGACUUUUAACUCCGCCUCUAUUUGUUUCACAUGAUGUGUAUGUUUUGCUAGGUUCGGUUGGGAAAAUAUAUCUUGCAUACUUUACGAAGUACGUUCUUUUGAUGUUCAAGAUUUGAAUUCCACCACGGGUAUCGUUUAGUAAUUACUGUAGAGUGUAGAGUGGGGAGUAUUGAUGGAGAGAAGAGCAAGAAUUGUGUCAUAGAAAAGAGACACAGCAUCGGCCUGAAACAUAGUGUUUCAAUCCAUACGGCCGAGAUCCCGAUCAAGAGUAACAUAAUCGGAUCGUUUGAAGUCAAGCUGACAGUCAGAUUGUAUCGUAGUUGACACCAAAGAAACGGGUGUUAAGACGUAAAACGAAUGGCUUGUGAUGGCGACGAUCAACAUGUAAAAUUGAAUGUAAUAUUGUCAGUGCCUUUCACGAAAGCCGAGUCAAGAAUUCUACCGUUAACAUUGGCAAGAGCGCAAAUGUGUCACAAUCCAGAAGCGAACAGGCUUUCGGUUAGAGUGAUUUCAUGUUCGUACAAUGCUUCAACAGGAUGAAAUCUGUCAAUUUCUUCGUCGAAUGUCCACGAGAGGUGAGGUAGGUUGUAAUCUUAGUAACAAUUCUCAAUUUUUUUUUUCAUAAGGGCCAAUGUAGCAAGCGAAAACAAUGACUUCUUUCGUGAAUUUCUUGAGAAUAAAAACUCGCUCAAGUAAGAGAGUCUCCCUUUCCGAUAUAAUUGGUGUCUUACAUGGAUAGCCUUGGAAUCACGAGAAAUUUACGAAAAAAGCCAUGGUUUAUUUGCGACAUUGACCGUUUUCAACGCUCACUAUCGAAUUAAAUCGCUAAUCUGCGCCGUACCCAGUAUUAGAUAAACAACUGAAACACGCCAG